AUGGAGAAUGUUCAAAACAAAAGGAGAGCAAAGGCUGUGAUUGAGACAAGUUUCGAAGCACUUCCUUUAGAGAUACAAACGGAGAUACUGUCACGUUUGCCUCUGAAAACCUUGAUGAAAUGCAUCUGCACCUCAAAGAAAUGGGCGUCUCUUAUCCGCACAAAAGAAUUCAUAAAUCUUUACAUGAGUCGAUCGACGACAAAGCCUCGACUGUUCUUCACGAUCUAUCAAUAUAAUAUAACCACGAGCUCCAAGCCAUCCAGAAACAUAAGUGAGGUGUUGUUUCAGUCUGUUUAUCAUGAAGAGGAACCAUUGUUGUCUUCUGGUCAACAACAAGUGCUUCUUUCUCCAGACCUAGGAUAUGAGGCUUCUUCCCCCGUCCGAGGUUUGAUAUGUCAUCGUUUAAACACAGAGUUUAUGAUCUUCAAUCCGGGUACGAACAAGUCUCAGCAUUUAGCUGAGAUCCCACUGCCUAACAAAAGCGCACCCCUAAGAUUUUUCUUCGGAUACGAUGAACUCACGGAUGUGUACAAGGUGUUAUGCGUAGCAGAAGUAACCAAGGAAGAACAACAUGUUUUCACGAUAGGAACGAACGAGGCAGCUUGGAGACAGAUCACAUGUGAGCAUCAACAUUCUCCAACUCCUACUGCACAAGGGCUAUGUAAAGAAGGAGUAUUGUACUAUCGAGCUAGGUCCAGUACUGGCAGAGGUCUGGUAAUGAUGUUCAACGUGAGGUCUGAAGAGUUUAGUGUUAGUGAGUUACCCGAGGACAUGAACAUUGAGAAUGGUUGGGAUGUGUCGAAUUGCAGAGAUCCUCGUGGUUGGGAACUGGUAAAGUACAUUAAUGGUGCGGACCGUGCGGUUGCCUUAGUGGAUGACUCUCAAUUUUCACAUGAAGUUGUGUACGAGUGGAAUUGGAAUAAAGUCUUUCACAUAUGGGUUAGAAAUGAAGUCGCAGGAACUUGGUCAAGGAUCCGCAUUGAGAUCCCUUUUUAUAAAAAAACAGUUGAUGUGCCUACGCUGUAUUUUUUCAGAGGUACCACCAGAACAGGAAAACUUGUUUUCUCAAUGAAGCACUUUUUGCCAAAGAUUGAUGGCAAAAUAUCAAUCUAUGUUUACUAUUAUGAUCCAGAGACAAAAGAUCUCAGACAAUAUAAGAUUCAAGGAGGGGAGAAGGGUCAUUGUCUUCGAUUCUACUUGGAUCAUGUUGAUACUCCUAUGCUUAUCUAA